ACGUCUGUCCUUGUCCUGGCGUUUAUAAAGGGGAUCCUGUGUGCUGGCAGCAGAUGCCCAUCGGGCUGUGAGGCUGAGGCUGAGACGGGAGCAGAGCAGGGUGGCGAGGUGGACCUGAGCCAGUCAGCGGUCAGUGGGGAUGUGCCUGAGGAAGAUGAAGACCUGCGUGCUGCCCGGGGUGACCCUCUGCCUGCUGCUGGUGCCCCUGGCGGGGGCCAAGCCUGUGCAGGACGAGGGAGACCCCUAUGCUGAGCUGCCGGCCAUGCCCUACUGGCCCUUCUCCACCUCUGACUUCUGGAACUACGUGCAGUACUUCCAGACGCUGGGGGCCUACCCCCAGAUCGAGGAACUGGCCCGCACCUUCUUCGCUCACUUCCCCCUGGGGACCACCCUGGGCUUCCACGUCCCGUAUCAGGAUGACUGAGAGGUGCCCAGCCUGGUGCCCUCGGGCAGGCAGGGAUUCUGCGGGGACAUGGGCCUGGCCUCAGUUCAAUAAACUCCUGACUUAAAAUGCACAGCA